GUUAUGUAAUUCAGAGACAGUCCUCUUAAUAGUCAAACACAACCUGGUUUCCCACGACCAGAAACGAGCCACUGGUCGUUUCUCGUACACACAAACACAAACUGAGAGGGGUAGUUGUUCUUGUUUUCAUUAGAAUCGAGAUUCAACUUUGCUGCUUGUCUUUUCGUUUAGUUCACGUUCCUCCACGCUCCUUACGUAUAUUAAAUUGAGAGGAAACGCAAUCCAUUAAAGUCAAGCAGGAAUAAUACCGAGUAUAUUAAUUGGCAUCAAUAAUCUUAACUCAGUCUGGUUAUAUAAAGGGGGGUUUGAGUAUCAGAGACUUGGCGAAAAUGGAAGAGAGGCUCAAAUUGGUGUCUUUGUUUCUCUUGGUGUUUUUAUGCUCUGUCAGUUGUAAUAUCAGUUUGACUUGGGCUCAUGUUAGUGGAAUUGGAGAACAGCCCCUCUCCAAAAUUGCUAUUCAUAAAACUGUGGUUGCGCUCCAUGACUCUGCUACUGUUAAAGCAUACCCAGGCGUUCUUGGGCUAAAGGGGGAGGAUACUCAAUGGGUAACUGUUGAACUUGUGUUCCCAAAUCCAUCAAUAGAUGAUUGGGUUGGAGUCUUUUCUCCUGCGAAAUUUAACUCAUCAACAUGUCCACCAGUAAAUGACCCAAAAGAACAGACACCGUACAUCUGCUCAGCUCCAAUAAAGUACAAGUAUGCAAAUGAUUCAAAUGCAAGCUAUUCGAAGACUGGCAAAGCUUCUUUGCAGUUUCUGCUUAUAAAUCAGCGUGCAGAUUUCUCUUUCGCACUAUUUUCAGGCGGGUUGUCAAAUCCUAAACUAGUGGCAGUUUCAAAUUUCAUUUCUUUUGCCAACCCAAAUGCACCUCUUUAUCCACGCCUUGCUAAUGGCAAGCUGUGGGAUGAGAUGACUGUAACCUGGACUAGUGGCUAUGACAUCCAUGAAGCUGUUCCAUUGGUUGAAUGGGGUUUGAAGGGAGAUGUACAGACUCAGUCACCAGCUGGGACAUUAACAUAUUUUCGGAAUGACAUGUGUGGUUCACCUGCACGAACGGUCGGCUGGCGUGAUCCUGGUUUCAUACACACAAGUUUCUUGAAAAAUUUGUGGCCUAACUCUCAGUAUACAUACAGGAUGGGUCAUCACUUACAAAAUGGCUCUUAUAUCUGGAGCAAGUACUAUUCAUUCAAAUCUAACCCAUAUCUUGGACAAGACUCUUUACAGCGUAUCAUAAUUUUUGGUGACAUGGGGAAGGCUGAGCGUGAUGGUUCGAAUGAGUAUAGUAAUUAUCAGCCAGGUUCACUAAACACUACAGACCAACUCAUCAGGGACUUGAGCAACAUUGACAUAGUUUUCCAUAUUGGAGAUCUUACAUAUUCAAAUGGCUAUAUUUCUCAGUGGGAUCAGUUCACAGCCCAGGUGGAACCUAUUGCAUCAACCUUGCCAUAUAUGGUUGGAAGUGGUAAUCAUGAACGUGAUUGGCCAAAUUCAGGAUCCUUCUAUGACACUGCAGAUUCAGGUGGUGAAUGCGGUGUGCCAGCAGAGACCACGUUUUAUGUUCCUGCUGAGAACAGAGCAAAGUUUUGGUAUUCAACCGAUUAUGGCAUGUUUCACUUCUGUAUAGCUGAUACUGAGCAUGACUGGAGGGAGGGAUCUGAACAAUAUAGAUUCAUUGAGAAUUGCCUUGCGUCAGUGGACAGACAGAAGCAACCUUGGCUGAUCUUUGCUGCUCAUCGUGUACUUGGGUAUUCCUCUAAUGAGUGGUAUGCUGAGGAAGGUUCAUUUGAAGAACCCAUGGGCAGGGAAAGUUUGCAGAGGCUCUGGCAGAAGUAUAAGGUGGACAUUGCAUUUUACGGCCAUGUCCAUAAUUAUGAAAGGUCAUGCCCUAUCUAUCAGAAUCAAUGUGUGAAUUCAGAAAAAUCCCAUUAUUCAGGCACAGUUAAUGGGACAAUCCAUGUCGUCGUUGGUGGGGGAGGGAGUCACCUAUCGGAGUUCACCGACUUCAUCCCCAACUGGAGUCUUUACCGGGAUUAUGAUUUUGGAUUUGUCAAAAUGACCGCAUUUAACCAUUCUUCUCUGCUAUUUGAGUAUAAGAAGAGCAGCGAUGCCAAGGUUUAUGAUUCCUUCACGAUUUCCAGGGACUACAGAGACGUCUUAGCUUGUGUGCACGAUGGCUGUGAAUCGACCACUUUGGCAUCUUAAAUCAUCCAAAUUUAAUUGCAGAAAUCUUCUUCCUUUGAUACUUCUAUUGAUUUCAAUUUGGUUGCAACUUGUAAAAUUUUCUUUGUACAAUAAACAAAUAAAAUUUAACAUAAUCUUUCAUCAUUCAUGAAAAGUUAGUCAACAGAAUUCAAUGCCAGCAGCAAAAGCUUUCAGUACUC